ACUUUCAUGCAUUUCUGUCUUUAAAGUCAUUUGAUAACUUUGGAUUUUAUUACUGAGAAUGGCUUUGCAAUUAAGUAUUCUAAACUUUUGAUAGUUAGGUGCUAUUUUAAAGUGCAUGGAGUAGUUUGUACUGAUCUCCUUGUUGGUUGGAUUAGUUUUAUUUAUUUAUUUAUUCAUUCAUUUAUUUAUCUUUUAUUUUUAUUAUUUUUAACAUAAUCUAAUAGGUUAAUAAAACACUUAUAUGUAAUGAUAUCAAAUUAGUGGUGUACUUGAAUAACUUUUGAUGCCUUGUCUCAUAUAGAGUGGUUAUGGAAUUUCUGAGUGCUUUUUAAUGCUUGGGCAAUAAAAAUGCAGAGCAGCUUGGGAAGAUUUCCCUUCUGAAGCUUCUGGAGACAAUUGUGAAGAAUUGUGGUGACGUUGUUCAUAUGUAUGUUGCCGAAAAAGAUCUACUUCAUGAAAUGAUGAAAGUUGUGAGGAAGAAGCCUGAUUACCGUGUCAAAGAAAAGAUAUUGAUAUUAAUAGAUACAUGGCAAGAAGCUUUUGGAGGGCCAAGGGCAAGAUAUCCACAAUAUUUUGCAGCAUAUCAGGAGUUGAUGCGCAAGGGAUAUGUAUUUCCUAAGAGAUCUGAGAGAUCACCUGUAUUUACACCUCCACAAUCACGUCCAUUGCCAUCCUAUCCUCAAAACCCUUGCAAACAUGAAUCAAGAGAGAAUGCAGCUGAGUCUUCAGCAGAAGCUGAGUUUCCAACACUGAGCUUGACAGAGAUCCAGAAUGCACGUGCUAUUAUGCAUGUCCUAGCAGAAAUGCUUAAUGCAAUAGAUCCUGAAAACAAAGAGGCUCUCAAGCAAGAUGUUAUUGUUGAUUUGGUGGACCAAUGCAAUACAUACAAGAAAAGGGUGGUACACCUUGUAAACUCAACUGCGGAUGAAUCACUACUAAGCCAAGGACUAACAUUGAAUGAUGACUUGCAACGUGUCCUUGCCAAACAUGAAGCAAUUUCUUCCAGGGCUUCAUCUGUUCAAGCACAGAAACCAAAAUUUGAAGCUGCUCAAAUGAUUCAAUAUGUUGAUACUCCUCUUGUUAACAAAGGAGACAGCAAGCAGACAGAUAAAGGUUCUGCAUCAGGCACUAAUUCGGGGACUCAGUUACCACUGCCUGCUCCUCUAUCAGCUAAAAAUGACCAAUCAACAACAACAAAAACUGGUCCUAAGAUAGAUCUUUUGAGUGGAGAUGACUUGAGUUCAUUGCCAGCAGAGAAUUCACUAGCAAUUGUUCCAGUUGGAGAACCUCAGCCUGCAAGCCCGGCUUUUAAGCAGAAUGGCCUUGCUCUUAUUGACAUGUCUUCACCAACCAGUAAUCCUCAGUCUACAUAUCCAGGGUGCCAAAAAUACCCUUUGCCUCAACAAUUUCCACUGCAGCAGAAUCGUCAGUCCCCAGAAUCAUCUUUAUACCCUAAUAGAAAUGCUUCUGGAACAAUGUCACCCCAAUACGAACAGUCUCCAUACCCUCAAGGCUCUAAUGCCUUAUACCCUAAUAGAAAUGCUUCUGGAACAAUGUCACCCCAAUACGAACAGUCUCCAUACUCUCAAGGCUCUAAUGCCUUAUACCCUAAUAGAAAUGCUUCUGGAACAAUGUCACCCCAAUACGAACAGUCUCCAUACUCUCAAGGCUCUAAUGCCUUAUACCCUAAUAGAAAUGCUUCUGGAACAAUGUCACCCCAAUACGAACAGUCUCCAUACUCUCAAGGCUCUAAUGCCUUAUACCCUAAUAGAAAUGCUUCUGGAACAAUGUCACCCCAAUACGAACAGUCUCCAUACCCUCAAGGCUCUAAUGCCUUAUACCCUAAUAGAAAUGCUUCUGGAACAAUGUCACCCCAAUACGAACAGUCUCCAUACCCUCAAGGCUCUAAUGCCUUAUACCCUAAUAGAAAUGCUUCUGGAACAAUGUCACCCCAAUACGAACGGUCUCCAUACCCUCAAGGCUCUAAUGCCCUUUGGAAUGGCCAUAUAACUCAGCAAGAGCAGCCAGCUUCUCCAGCUUAUGGUUCUCAAGACAAUGGUGCAUUUCCAGCUCCUCCUUGGGAAGCUGAGACAAUAGAUAGCAACUCAAUGUGCGGUAGUCCAUGUAUGUUUCAAAACAAUCAGGUUUUGGGAGGCAGUCCGAAUUCUCUAUCGAUGCAAAGUAAUCAGUUCAGUGGUAGUCCACAUGCUUUACAAAUGCAAAAUAAUCAGCUGGGUGGUAGUCCACAUGCUCUACAGAUGCAAAAUAAUCAGCUGGGAGUUAGUCCGCAUGCAGUAUUAGUGCUGACAAAUAGCCAGCGGGGAGGUAGUCCUCACACACUACCAGUGCAAAAUAAUCUGCUGGGAGGUAAUCCUCAUGCUCUAACAAUGCAAAAUAAUCAGCUGGUUGCAAUGAACCAUCCGCAAUUUCCUGGUGCUGUAUUUGCUAACGGUUCCCAGCUGUUAGGCAAUGAGCAAGUUGGUGGUAUAUAUGGUCCCGGUGGCAAUUUUACUGUUAACCAGGCAAUACAAAACAGCCAGUUGGUAGGAUUGAAUCCACAACAUCAUCAAUCAAUGGGUUUGUUUUCCCAACAAAUGCCAUCUCCACAGAUGGUGUACAUGUAUUCCCAAACAUAUACCAAUCAACUAUCUGGGUAUGGAUGUGGUUUGGGGCAGCAACAAAAUCCUCAGCUCCUUGACCAAAGAAUGUCUGGGCUAAAUAUUCAAGAUGAUGGUAUCCUAAAAGGCCCUCCGUAUCUGGCUUCCACGCCCUCCUCAUAUGUGCAUGUGCCUGUGCCAAUGGGGAAGUCCACAAAGCCAGAAGACAAACUUUUUGGCGACCUUGUUGACGUUUCCAAAUUUAAAUCAUCAAAACCAGGUCCUGCCAGAGCUGGGAGCAUCUGCCCUUGACCAUUUUGGCCAAGCUUCCAUUUUUCCAAAAGUUUUGUAUGCUCCUCUCAUCUGUGUUCUUCUUAUUCAGUCCUUAGGUGGAAAUAAUGUAGUAUGUGAAGAGUGGAUGGAUCCUCUCCUCUCUCUUGAUUAUAGUAUAUUCAAUUGGAAGUUGAGUUUUUGCUCUUUUUUGUUUUUUGAAACACUCAUUGUUAGUUCUUUACAAGGUAAUAUCUGUUUUAUACUUUCUCAAUAUUUUUUAACCCAAAAAUCAAUGCCCCACCACCAGAAUCAGAUCCUGUGACCACCUAUUUAGAAUGGUAACAAAGGUGCCAUCUCACUACAUAGUAGUUGGA